AUGUCAGCGGCAACCCAGCACGCGCACGACGACGCGGAGCCGUCGGCCGGCAUCGGCCAGAGGGCGCUCCAUGAGCUCGUCAAGCUCCUCGUCGGACAUACGCCAAAGGGAGGCCACAACACGCAUCUGCGCCGCGACGACGACGAUAACGAAAAGCAGCGCACCCAAGAUCAGCAUCGUCCUCGGGCGCAGCGCACCGAGCUCGACGAGGAGAUCGAGGAGAACCGCAAGCGCACGGCGCGCUUCGGCGGAGACGACCCGCUGGACCCCGAAGAGGAGCGCCGCUACGUCGAGGAGCGCAUGGCCAGGCACCACGGCCAGCGGCCCCUCUCGACCCACUCGCAGCCCCAGAGCGGUUCCUCGUCCGGCCAGAGCACCGUCGUCGGCAACGUUGACGAAGACGAUGCCGGCCGAAAGCAAAAGGAUGAGGGGCAUCAGCCUCAGCCGCGGCGGAGCGGCAGCCACUCGAGCGCAGGCGACCACGGCGGCGACGGCGACAAUGACGACAGCGAAAAGACGACGCCCGACCCCAACGAGGUCGGCUGGAACGGCCCCGACGACCCCGAGAACCCGCAAAACUGGUCCCAGAAGCUCAAGUGGACCUACACGGUGCUGGGCGCCAUCCUCACCAUCAACGUCACGUUCGCCUCGUCGGCGCCCUCGUCGACGUCGCAGCAGCUCGCGCAGGAGUUCCAGAUCGGCACCGUGACGGCGACGCUCAUCACGUCGCUCUUCCUGGCCGGCUACGUGCUCGGCCCCAUCCUCUGGUCGACCACGUCGGAGCUCUUUGGUCGCAAGCUCAUCUUCAGCUUCUCGAUGCUCGUCUACACCCUCUUCAUCCUCGGCCAGUCGCUCGCAAAGAACCCAGAGACGCUCUUCAUCACCCGCUUCCUCAGCGGCGUCUUUGCCAGCGCACCACUCACAAACGCCGGCGGCCUCAUCGCCGACCUCUGGGACCCUGUCGGACGCGGCUUCGCCAUGUCCGUCUUUUCGGCCUCGGUCUUUAUCGGGCCCGUUCUCGGGCCCAUCGUCGGCGGCUUCGUCACCCAAUCCUACCUCCAAUGGAGAUGGGUGUUCCACUUGAUGAUGAUCUUCGCGGCCGCCGUGUGGAUCAUGACGGUGCUUUUCCUGCCUGAGACGUUUGCGCCGGUGCUCCUGGUGCGCAAGGCGAAAAGGUUGCGGCGCCUCGACCCGGUCAAGAACAAGGAUCUGUACGCGCCGCACGAGCGGACCGACUGGUCGGUCAAGGGUGUCCUCCACCGCACCCUCUACCGCCCCUUCGAGAUCCUGGCCCUGGAGCCCAUGCUCGUGGCCGUCACCAUCUACCUCUCCGUCAUCUACGGCCUGCUUUACGCGCUCUUCGAGGCCGUCCCCGUCAUCUUUGCCGACCUGCGAGGCUUCAACCUGGGCGAGUCGGGCCUGAUUUUCAUCGCGGUCGGCGCUGGCACCACGAUUGGCGCCGUCAUCAACGUGCUUUUGCAGCUCAAGUACAUUCCGCUGGUGCCCUUCUGGAAGGGGUCGCCGCCGCCCGAGGAGAGGCUGAUUGGCUCCAUGGUGGCCGGGCCCAUUCUCGUCGUCGGCUGCUUCUGGCUCGGCUGGACGGGCAACUACCCGGCCGUGCCGUGGUACGUCCCGGCGCUGUCGCUCGUCUUUAUCGGCAUGUCGUUCACGCUGGUGUUUAUCUCGCUGCUGUCGUUCAUCGUCGACUGCUAUCUCAUGUACGCCGCAUCGGCCCUGGCCGCCAACACGAUCGUCCGAUCGGCCGUGGGUGCGGGCAUGCCGCUCGUCACGCGUCAAUUCUUCACCAACGUCGGCGUCGGAUGGGCGAGCAGCAUCGUUGGCUUUGUCGGCGUCGCCCUCACGCCGGUGCCGUUCAUCUUCUACUUCUACGGCAGCCGGAUCCGCGGCUGGAGCCGGUUCGCGCCCGCCCUCGACCUUAAGGUGCGCAAGCAGCUCGAGAAGGAGGGCAAGUUGCCAAAGGACUCACUGCGCUCCUGGAAAAAGGAGGCCCUCAGCGGCCUGCCGCAGGCCAAGGAGGAGCUCAAGCGCAGCAGAGAGGAGCGCGAGUCGGGCGGCCAGGCUGCCUGA